ACUCAACCCCGGAAGUUUAUCCAAAUAAUAAGUGGCGAGACAGAGUCGACGCCUAUUGUUGAGGAGAGGGGAGGCUCGCGCUGCGCAAGCGCAAGCAACGACACUGGCGCAGCGAUUGGUCGCUUGGAACUGGCGCUGUCAUCGUCGAUUGGUUGGUUCGAAACGGAGGAAAUGGUUGGUUGCUCGAGACAGUUGGCGGGCGGUCCGAAGUGUUCUUGACAUCGAGGGGAGGAAAAUGGCCGAGGCAUUGUGGCAUAGCGGGGGAUCUUUCCACUGAGAGAUUGGAGAUGUGAAACCUGAAGAAAUCUCAUCUAUGUCUGAUCAAGAAACAGCAUUCGGCUGAUUGUUAUAAAUAAAUACUAUAGCUUGACUGAGUGCCUUCAUUAUGGAUGAAAUAGUAGCUGAAUACAUCAGGAGAACUGUCCUACGAAUACCACGCUCAGAAAUAGGGAAAAUGCUGACUACGUGGGGGUUUCUCUCUGAGAACCAGCUUCAGUCUAUAAACUUACAUCAGACAAAGGAGAAUGUGUCCCAAGAAGUAACUCAACUUUGUGAGGAAAAUGGUGCAACAAUCCAGCAUGCAGCAAAUCUAGACAUCAUUUACAAUUACACAUAUAGGGACAAAAAAAAUUGGACUGUUUACAAGAUGACCAGAGAAAGCGGUGAUGAAAAUGUCAUUUUCGACUUGGUAGAUUUCAAAAACAACUUUAAAACCAGCCUUCAGUUACUUCUGAAAAAUGUCACUAUCACUUUUAAGAAAUAUGAAGACAAUUCAGUGUGGAUUCGAGUUGCAUGGGGAACGCAGUUUAAAAAACCAAACCAGUACAAGCCAACCUACGUUGUUUACCAUUCACAGACUCCUUAUGUCUUUAUUUCCCAUUCCAUAUUUAGAACCUGCAGAGCUAUGCUUUUCCAGGCCCUGUUGACUGCUACCAGUUACAGUGAAAUCAAUGAGAUGGACCUCCGUAGCCGUUGUUUAGACUCCCUCAAAGAUAUUGUAUUUAAACGGUGUAACCAGAAUGUUCAGACUUUUAACCCACGACCUCUACAGGAAAGGAAUAGUGCUUUGGAAGAAGUGGAUCCAAGGAUAAUUCAAGAAGAUAAAAACAAAAAGGAGGCCAUUUGGAGAAUUAAUGAAGAGGACUUUGGAAAUGAUCCCCAGCCAAAACUACAAUAUGCAAAAUACAGGCUUGAGACAGUGUUCAAAAGUAAACCAGAACUGGGCAUCUUGAACAACAAGGAACCAUUUAGAUGCUUGGUCACAUUUUCUAGCCCUCAUCUUUUAGAAACACUGAAGUCCCUUGCACCUGCUGGUCUGGCAACUGCUCCUUCUUCACGUUUAUUUACCUGUAUUGUCCCAGAUGCCAAGAACAGUUUUAAAAUUACAGAGAAAAAAAGUGGAUUUUCACAUGGUCCUCCAGAACAAUGACCUCCUUAAAAUGGUUUGCGUAAUUAUUUUUUAAAACAUAAUUUAUUUGUCCAGCUGACCCUCCAUCAUGUAAAAGCAUAAGAAGUCACUUAAUUUGUCAACUCAGGUUAAUGUUCUCAGUGUUUUCUUUUCUAGCAAAAUCUGCUUGCUAAACUACUCACAUUUCUCCCCAUCAUAAAACAUUCAAUGAAGCCUAGAAUCUAUAAGUUCUCCACUAGCUCACAUUAAGACAAAGUCAUGUUUGCAGGCUCUAGCCUGCACAUACUUUCUGUGCAGUGGGAAUAUUCUUUGGCUGUGUGAUAUAACAGAAAACCACCUUUUAUGACCAGUCAUAUAGUAAAUAUUUUAGAAACAUAACUACUCAUUCCGCUAUCAGCUUUAGAGUGUUGGCUUGCUGAUGCAAAGAGCAACACCAGACAGUGCUUCCAACAUGGUUUUAUAAUAAUUUUAAAUGUUUAAGGAAUUUGUUUGUUAUACCCGUUUUUCUCUUAAUAUGUUUGUCAUAGAAUUCCUGCUUAAUGGUGCCUAGCUAAUAAAGUAUCUCUGAUGUA